GGCAAUAUCGCCGCGCUCAAACUUUUCAUAUUCGACACUCGCCGCUCAGUUUAUUGGCGCACUUUGAGUGGUACGGACACCGAAAUAAUCCAAAGAGACAUUCUUUUGAAAUUAACAUUAGAUAAAAAAAUAAAGAAGGAUUAUUAGAAAGUGAGGUGACCGCCAAAAAGAAAAGGAUACGCGCGCAAAGUUGUGUAUUAUGAAGAAUUUUAUUAAAUAUCACACACCGAUCGUCACAAGGACAGCACGAAGUUUGAGCAAACAGCCAAAAUUUGCACAAGGCUUUACUACUGGAUUGGAUUGUCGAGAAGAGCAAAUAAUCAGCAAUUUGUCAAUUGGACUGAAACAUUUGGACUUAAAUGAGUCACAUAGAUUAAAGUUUUCCAGUGAAUUCAGUGAAAAGUAGAAAUUAUAAUCGUUGAGGAUACAUAUAGGCAAACUUCUGAAAACUCAAGAGGGUAUUUGUUAAACUCACAACAUUUUUGCCUUAUCAGGACAUACUUUUUAUUUAUAAAAAAAUCAUUUAUAUGUGUGUAGAAGAGCUAUAUAUUUUUGCCUAUUAUAUAUUAUUUGUGUCUACAUUUUUUACACCUUUUUCCAUGAUAUUAUCAAUUUAAUGUGUCUGCUUAUUCUACAUUUGUUGUGAACGAGAACGAUUUUUUAUAAGACUUUCUGCUGUGAGUAGGAAUACUGCGCAUAAAAAGUUAGUGACAGUGAAGAAUUAAUUCAAGAGAGACUCUAAAAGAGAGAAAAAAAAAGAAUUUUUAAACACUUUUUUCUUAAAAAAAAAAAAAAAGAAACAAGUUCGUGAUAUAAUUUGAAAGUAUUUUACUACUUCCACGUCUUUUUAUGUUCUAUUUGUUUUUUUGUGUUAAGUUUUAUUUAAGAAGGAUUUUGUGGAAAGUACCCCAGUGAAAAGAUACCAAGAACUGUGAUUUCAAAAGACAUUCAGAGACUCUCACGUAUAAAAUUUUGACAAAUAAGAAGUAUUGUUCAGUGGAAGAGGUAAAAGUUUUUGUGGUUUGAAAAGCAAACUCCAUAGCACUCAGAAUGUUCGAUUUGAAUAUGGGAUUGGCAGGAGCUCCACUCCUUGGAAUUGAUGGCAGUGGAGUUUGCACAACACCGAGAACACCAGAAAUUCUCAAUUCACUCAUCGACAUCACGAACCCCCUCGAGUAUUCGUAUUCUUCGGCACGUCCAUCGCAGGUGUCGAACAUUGAUAGUUGCUGCUCGGAUUCAACACUUGAUUCUCCGGCCGGACAAACAACGCCUCCGAGUGUACAAAAGACGUGCUCACUUCUCAUAAAGGCCGGCCUCAAGUUGUCGAUUCAGAGCAAGAGGAAGAUGAGUGGCGGUAGUGUUGGGGAUUCCAGCAGCGGCAUGGAGCACGGGGGGAAGGUUGCAAAGAAGGAGGAUAAUACGAGCGAUGAGGAUGUCGAAGAGAAGAUUCUCGGCAAAAAUGGGUCUAUCCAAAAGCAGUUGACGCCAGAGGAUGAGGAUCGACGACGUCGCAGACGGGAGAGAAAUAAGAUUGCAGCGACAAAGUGUCGCAUGAAGAAGCGCGAGAGAACACUCAAUCUCGUUUCGGAGUCUGAAGUGCUAGAGCAGCAGAAUAUUGAGUUGAAGACACAGGAAAGGGCACUUGAAACGCAGAGGCGAAAGCUUAUUGAAGCUCUGCAGUCGCAUAGUGCCUCCUGUAUGCGUCCAGGUGGAUACUCACCACCAACAACAUGUUACCAGAGUCAGUGCAAAUUUGGCGCCAAUUGUCGACUAAUGAAGUCAGAGCACCAAGGAUUGGAAAUUGACACAACGAGUCCGUAUGGAUGCAAGUCGACAACCAGUGAUUCCAAUACCACGUGCUACGGUAGCCCAGAGAGUGCGUGUAGCAGUACCCUCAAAUCACCGGGAGACAUUGAUAUUGCAGCGUACAAUUCACCUGGCAUGAAGAAUGAAUACAUUCCUAAUUGCGAGGGUGGUGAGGAGGCGGCUGUUCUCAGUUGUUCGCAGUACAUGCUCAAAACAGAAUUAACAGACUCCAGCCCCUACACAUCGGUCCAGAGUGCAGAUCGCUUCCUGUUUGAGAACACCGAAAACUUCGACACCGACCGCGUGCCGGAUAUUAUUCGGGAUAACAAUAAUGACUACACAGGGAGCUGUGGGACCUUUGUGGAGAACACCCUCCUCAAGGCAGACUUCCUCAGUGCCACGUCCGAAUUCAUCAAUCUGGCCGAUGGCACAGAGACACAAUUCACCGAUCUCGACAGUGGAAUCACCACGUACACAAAUCUUCCGCCCAAUAGCACUAGUGGUGGGUGCUGAGAGUCCACAUUGAAAUAUUUUUUGGGGACUUCUCGAAGCAGGAACAAAUUGAGGUGAUACCAUAACAAUUUUCUUGCAGCCAUAUUGUAUUUCUCAAAUUUUUCGUAUAUAUACUUAGAAUGUCUUAUAUUUUUAUUUCUUUAACAUUCCUCUAAAUAUUUGUUUUUUUUAAUUUACAAAUUUUAUUUUUAAUUUUUUUUGUAUGCAACAGAGAAAAAAUAAUCACGUUGGAUGAGGGGAGAGAGAAGAUGUGAUUUUAAUUAGAAGGAUAUAUCAUUAAAUUGCGUAUACGAUCAAUAUCAAUUUUGGCAUAAGAAGUUUUGGGAAAAAUCUUUUCUUAAAGUCAUUGAAGUUAAGCAUAAAAAAAGCAAAAAAGGAAAUGCUGAAAAAUAUUGCAAAAAUAAUAAAGUAAGAUUAAUUGAGUAAAUGUAUUUCUUAUUGCAUGCUUCCGAAUCUUUAUCACACACAAAUGCCAUGGCCGUGAAGAAUGAGAUUUUGAGAUUCACAAGAGCUUAACAGUGCUGUAGGUCGCGUGUGUGGUACAAAAUGAGCAUAGCGUGUUUUUUUUUAGUCAUCCACAAAAUCCUCCUGUAUGUCUCUCCGGGAUAAAUGCCGCCGAUGAGACACACUGGUUGAGUGAAUAAUAUUCUUAUCGCGAAUUUACUACAACUUUUUAUUGCAAGAAAACUCACCAUAAAAACACCUUUUAUGUUUCAUUAUCUGCCGCACGUUAUCAGUUCCAACUUUUCCAUAUAAUAUACACCACUAUAGUUUUUGAGGACGAAUGCGCGCGUUCUAUGCAUGUGAGAUUGAGGGUUAGCGCGGUGGGCGGAAAGACGUGCGGAAGGGAAAAUGAGUAUAUGUGGAUUUAAUGUUGAGCCAAAAUGAAACUGAAAAUGUAUGCCAUGGAACGUAAUGAAUUAUUGGGCAGAUGGGAUGAAUUAAUGAGAUUUUCCGGAGUGUAUUCGAAACAAUGGGGGAGGUCUCCAAAAAAAAAGAAUAAUUUUUAACGCGCUUAAUAACAUUCUGCAUUUUUCCCAUUCUUCGCAAUUUAAUUCAAUUUACCACUGGUGAGCAUUCAUCGUUUGCUAAAAUAUAAGUAUACAUGUUUCUGCGGAAUGUUACUUUUUUUGCAAGCAGGGGCUGACUGCGUAUAGAGAAAAGAUUUCUUAUGAGGGAGGGCAGAAAAUUACUUUAUAAUGGAAUACUUGACAAAUUGCUCACAGCUUAUGAAUUAUUUUGCUCUAUGGCUUCGGGAGGACCUUGAAAUGUCUCCGGAUUGGAUUUGAAUGAAAACAGAAAAAAGGCAUUUUGAGAUAUCAACAAUUGUUAGAUGGGUUAUAAUGUGUGUGCGCCGCUCAAAAAAGCUCACACACAAUUUAUAGUUGAGCAUCAAAAAUGCCCAAAAGAGAAUCUUGACAUUUUGACUAAAGGGUCACACACAUAAAUUUUUCAGCUAGACCAACUUUUUUAUUCUUCCUCCGUGUUUUUUUUCUACAAUGCAAAUUUUUUUUUCGUCAAAACUACUUGUGCGAUUCUUUGGCAAAGUAAUUGAUGACCUCUAAUUUUUCUUUCAAUAUCAACACUAAUUUAUUUCUCAAUCAACAAGUUCAAACAAUUGGAUAUCUUCUCUCUCCUUCAUUUAUGAUUUUUUUCUCACCACAAUUUUUUUAUUUUAAAACAAUGCGUUCACAACAAGAAGAGACUUUUUUACGAAAGAGUUCAUGACUUCAUUGACGUGCAAUUUGAUGAACAUUUCAUUUGGACACAUUAAUCAAAAAAAAAAUGUUAUCAGUUCACAAAUAUUUCAAGUACAUUUUCAGUAAUUCCUCUUUUUUUUUCUCUCUCUUUUGCGCAAAAUUGUGAAACAACUAACAUCUUCUUGUCUUUUGCGAUAACCGAUUAAAGAAAGUUCAAAGUGUAAAAGUGACGAAGUCAGAAAAUAAAUACAAAAAAGCACAAAAUGAAAAAUCUUUUAUGUAUAUAGAAAAGACAUCAUGAUUAAUCUACAUAUUUCUCCUUUAAAUUGAUGAUUUCAUAUAAGAAAAAAAAUAAAAGGGGCAUAUGAUUAAUGCAUUCCUAUUUCUGAUAAAUAGGUUAUCAUGCAGUUACGGGUAAAAAAGAAGCCAAUUUAUGGAUUUUAUGUGCAAAUAUGAAAGAAAGAAAAUUAAAACCUUAAAAAGCUUAUUAUAGUAUUACAUCGUCUUGUACUCGUUUUAUUCUAAAAUACCAAUAGAGAUAAUUAAAGGAAAAAAGAUUUCAUAAAUCAAAGACUCUCAAUAUUCAUGACAUCACACAAAUAUAAAUUGGAAAGGAGAUUGAAGUUCUUUUGAAGUUCAGGAUGAUUGACCAAGUUGAAGAAGAGUUUAAAGAGAGACAGUUGAAAAAAAAAGAUCUUGAAAGUGUAAUUAAAAUAAUAGAGCAUCAAGAGAACACAAACUGCAAUUAAUCAUUCUGUGAUUGCAAUUAAUUUUGUAAUUUAGAAUUAAAAUGAGUGAGACGUUUUUUUUUACAAGAUGAGACAAGAGCAAAAAAAUGACGAUGAAAUUGAAUGAUUUUUAAAUUCUCUUUCCAGCAGUGGCAAUAUUUUGAUAAAGAAAAUCGCACAAAGAUGAUUUUUCACAGCUUUUGCAGCAUUUAUUUCACCUAAUUUUAAUUACAGAAAAAAACAAUGAAAUGUGUAAGACAAUGAAUAUAUUCGAAAAGGAAAAAAAAGUCCAAAAUUAUUUUUCACUUGUUUGAAGAUAAAAUAAUGGCAAAGAAAAAUAAAUAUUAGCGCAAUAUUUGAAUUGCGGAAGUUUGCAGCACGACCGAAUAUAUAUUAGCCGAAGAUGUCUUAUAAAUAUUUAAGCAAAAUUCACAAUAAUUGAGGCCGUACAACCGCAAUAUUCUUCUGUGCUGCUGAAUAUAUGUACUAAAAUUCUGAGAAAAUUGUGAUUAUUUUUUACCCCCUCAAAAUUAGUCACUUAUUAAUAUUUCAUUUUAUAAAGUGACGUCUUUUAGUAGCUAAAUGUUUGCAAAUUUUAUAAAAUUUCCAUAAAUUAUUCUUCUAAAGUGUUUUGAAAUUCGAUACCUAACAGAUUAUUCCUGAGAGAUAUAAAAGCUCUGGUCAUAUUUUAGAAAGCUCUACCAUAUGCUAAAAUUGCCUUGGCCUAAUCCAUUAGUCACAUAGUUGUGCUAAACUUAUUUUCAAAAUGGAUUUGUAUUAAUAAAAAAAUAUCUUUUCAUUAUGCACAAAAAUGCUGCAAAGACGUUGAAAUCAUCGUUGUUCAUUUUGAUAGACACCUUUCAAAUUUCCAUGCAAAAUUGCAUUAAAUAUCAAGGUAAACAAAGGUAAAAUAUAAUGCACAAUAUUUCACGUGCUUUAGGGAGAUUAAAGUGCCACACAGAAAAGCAGUUUAUUUUGUAAAGUUUUGCGCUAAGAUCAAAACUAUAUUUUGUUAUCAAAGUAAAUCUGCUUGUCUUAAAAUGAAUCAUGUACCAAUAUAUUUAUUUAAAUAAAAUGUAACAUUCUUUUUCUCUUUUUCUAAUCCUACAAAUGAGAGUUGGAGAGGAGAUAAAAAGGAGCGCCGAAAAAAUACUACAAAUUCUAUUUUUUGCAAUAAAAUUGCUGUUUAGUUUUUUUUUUGUUUACUAUUGUACCUGGUUGAGAAGAAAGAAAAUUAUUGUUACAAAUUUCUUCCAUAACGAUAUAAUCGAAAAAAUAUAACAUUGUGAGAGACAUUGCAAAAUGUCGAAGAGAAAAAAAAUCAAUAUAUAAACACUUUUUGUAUUUUUUCACGUGGACGAAGAGGUGAUAUAAAGGCGGAAUUGAUGAAGGAAUGAAUAAAAAAAACAAAUAUCGUGAGAUGAAGCAAAAGAAUUAUUGUUGAAGAUUGAAGGAAAAAUGUGAGGUAAAAACGAGGAAAUGAUGAAUGAAAAACUAAAGAAGAAAACAGAGAGAGGGUAUAAGAAAAUGUUAAGGCAAAAUUGUUAAUUUGCAUUAAUGAAUAUUUAAUAUUUGUCAUGUGUUUUUUUUUUGCUUUAUAUUAUGUACAAUAUUAACCUUUCUAUUGUUGUACCUUCUCUAUACCUGCGAUAAGCCGAAAAUGGAACCACAUUUUGUGAGGAGAGAAAAUAAAUUGAAAAAAAAAUACAUCAAUGAAUCGAAAAGAAAUUCUCAAUAAAAGUUUAAAAAAAAUACGUGAAGAAAAA